CGCGGCGCGCGUCCAAUGGGAGCGCGCCGCUUCGCGCCGGCCAACCAAUGGGAGGGCGAGGCUGGCGCCCGGCGGAAGCGGAGGGGGCGGAGCGAGGGCGGCGGUCGGUGGUGUGUGAGGCGACGUCGUCCGGAGAAGAUGGCGGCGGCAGCAGCGGCGGCGGCGCUAAUGGCGGCUGCGGUCGGAGGAGGCCCCUUGGCGGCGGCAGUGGCGGGCUCCGGGGGCCCGGGCUCGUCGUCCUCGUCCUCCGGCGGCGCCUGCCCGGCGGCCCCCGCGCCUCCCCCGCCGCCCGGUGCGGUCCGCAUCGGCGACCGCCUCUACUCGGGGGUGCUGAUCACGCUGGAGAACUGCCUGCUCUCCGACGAGGCGCUGCGCUUCACCCCGUCCAUGGGCAGCGGCCUGGACGCCGAGACCGAGGCCCAGCUGCGCGUCACCGGCUGCGAGCUCAUCCAGGCCGCCGGCAUCCUGCUGCGGCUGCCUCAGGUGGCCAUGGCUACAGGGCAGGUGCUCUUCCAGCGUUUCUUCUAUACAAAAUCGUUUGUGAAACAUUCCAUGGAGCAUGUGUCGAUGGCCUGCAUUCAUCUGGCAUCCAAGAUUGAAGAAGCACCACGGCGUAUACGGGAUGUAAUUAACGUAUUCCACAGGCUUCGGUAUCUGAGAGAGAAAAAAAAGCCUGUCCCUCUAAUAUUGGAUCAAGAUUAUGUUAACUUGAAGAACCAAAUCAUAAAGGCCGAAAGGAGAGUGCUGAAGGAGCUCGGGUUCUGUGUCCACGUGAAGCAUCCUCACAAGAUAAUCGUUAUGUACCUUCAGGUAUUAGAAUGUGAACGUAACCAGCACCUGGUCCAGACCUCAUGGAACUACAUGAACGACAGCCUGCGGACAGAUGUCUUUGUCAGGUACCACCCUGAGAGCAUCGCCUGCGCCUGUAUCUACCUUGCUGCUAGGACCCUGGAGAUCCCUCUUCCAAAUCACCCCCACUGGUUUCUACUCUUUGGGGCAACAGAAGCGGAAAUCCAGGAGAUCUGCAUUAAAAUCUUGCAACUGUAUACUCGGAAAAAGGUUGACCUGGCAAUCCUCGAAGGCCGGGUGGAGAAGAAGAAACUGGCUAUCGAAGAGGCAAAAGCACACGCCAAGGGACUCAUCACAGACGGGACGCCCAACUUGGACACUGUCUCGGGGUUUUCUCCGGUCCCCAAAACUGAAUCUCCAAAAGAAACUAAAGGCACCAAGCCUUCUCCCCUCGCCGUGCAGGCGGUGAAGAACGCCCGGCGGAAGAUGGAAGGGGUAAAGCGGGUGAAAUCCAGCAGUCCCAUCAACGGUGUCCAGAAAGGCAGAGAGAGCAGGAGUCGGAGCGGCAGCCGAGACCAGAGUUAUUCCAGGUCCCCCUCCCGGUCGCCGUCUCCAAAACAGAGGAAGAGCGAGAGCUACUCCCCGUCGAGCGGCUCGAAGUCGCACAGCCGUUCGCGGAGCCGCAGCGACUCCCCGCCGCGCCAGUUCAACCACGCCGGCGCCGGCUACAAAGCCUCCAAGAUGCGGAGCUACAAGAAGGCCAAGGGCUACAAGUACGCCUCCCCCAAGCCGCGGAAAUCCCGGAGCCGGAGCUCCUCCCGCUCCCGGAGCCGUUCGCGGGAGCGCGCGGACCACUCGGGGAAGUACAAGAAGAAGAGCCACUACUACAGGGAUCAGAGGCCCGAGCGGCCGCACUCCUACGAAAGGCCCGGCCCCCGCUACGAGAGAGACCACCCCGGCCACAGCCGGCAUCGGAGGUGAGGGGCCCAAUUUCUCCCCCUCCAGGAUUCGUCAGGGCGCUGCUUUCUUCCCCGGUUGGAUUCCGACAGGGUAUGAACUUGACUCGGACAUCCGCUUCGACCCGUGCCCGGUUGGCACUGUUUCCCCCCCCGCCAAGGACGAAUACCGAAACGGGCUCCUUCUGUUUACUCGGGCCAUUUGAAGCCGCUGGGAGAACCGCCCGCCUCCCGGGCCUACCUCUCUUGUCCUCCACUCCAGGAGGAGCAGGGUUGUGUCCGGAGCACAGAUUCUGCGUAGAGACCUGCCUCGCCAGGCCAUUCCGAAUAUUCAAGCAUCCCCCUCCUCUCCUCUUCCAAAAGGGCCUUGGAUCCGGCAGCGUUGCUUGGUGCUAAUUCAGCAGCCCUCCGUCGCGGGCUUGAUCACGUUUGAGGGGUGUUUUUCCUGAAUUGUUGCCUAUAUUAGGCGGCCUUUUCUGUGGACGUCUGUGGUGGUGACGCAUUAUGGGAUGCCGGGAGGCCUUAACCCCUGAAAUUCCGCCCGCAAAGUGCAAAUACCUUGAGUCCGGGGGAGUUGGCAACCUGCGUGUUGGAUAUUGAGAACUUCAAAUUCCUCAGUUGAAGAGUCCUCAUUUCUCCCCCCUCCCCUCUUCUCCCCCUACAUCCUUUUUUUUUUUGCAUAAAAAAACAAUUCUGUGGAAAUGUGAAAAGUAUUUAGAUUCCAUGUGUUGGAAGUGGUCUAUUUUUAAAACAGUUGGAGGACCUGGUGCUGGCCACCGGCUCAGGACUGCGAUGCUUUCGUGUAAUAGAAGGUUUUAUGUGGUUUAGAUAAACUCUCUACUCAGGAUCUUUAAAAAGAAAAGAAAAGAGGGGGGGAAAACCCAUCUGAAAAAUGGAUAGCUUGUUCACUCUUUGCUUGCUUAAGAGACGGUGUUUAUAUUGAGAAAAAUGUGUACAGCCCAGCGAUAUCCGUUUUAGUGGUAUAUCUGAGCUGUUGUCCUGUUUCCCCCACCCCCCGAUUUCAUUAAAGUAUUUGAUUUUGUAUUUAAA